AUGUUCAAGAAUCUUAAAGAAAAACAUGGGCAUUUCUUCGAGUCAAAACAGCCCAAUGCGCCCACUCCUAGCGAACGCGGUCAAGACCUGACGUCAAUACUGGACCGGUCGCAGCGGGCCGAUCUCACAGUACUCGUCGCAGAGAUUGUCGCAUCAAUGAGAAUUGGGGUUCUCGAGAACUUCGAAAAAUCUGAUGAGGACUUUGAAAAAAGCCCAGCCCCUUCUACGCCUAAAAUUGAACAGGAUGAGGAUGAGAAAGUGAAAGAGCUUGGCGAUGCAAGACCACCUCUUCCUCCAAGGCGGAGUGAUUCUUCCCCGGUGGGCGAUAAGGGUCGGCAGAUGUCCACAUCCGAAAUGAAGAAGAACGCGUCAAAGGUCCGAGCGAAGAAGACGGCACUUUCACAUUUCGAAGACUGGAGAGACUCGGUCUUGCUGCGGAUCGGCGAGGUGGUCAACAAGGAUGACGACAGCCAAGCAAAGCCGCAAGAGAAGGAGAAAGAGAAAGAGCCCGUUAUUCCAUCGGAAGAUCUUCCUUUAGCUGAGGAUACUGCACGCAUGGAAAAACUUGCGGAAAUUUAUCCUCCCGUGGAAUCGCCAUUGGCGCAGCUUCCCAAAGCCACGAGACUACUCAUUCUACACUCUCUUCUUUUGCUCUUGCUGAGCCUUGAACAUUACAAUGCCUACUCGCGUGUUCUGAUGCUUUAUACCACGUCUAGCCUCGGCAUAGACAUCAAAGUGCUCAAUGACGAUGAGGUCAAGGUGGCACGUGGGCUCCUUGAUACUGCGCUCGCGCUAUCAGACCCAGAAGCCAACCAGCCGCCUAAGAAAAGCGAUAACUCCCGCAAAUGGAAAGUAGGCGUCGCAUCAGUUGCUGGUGCUGCCCUGAUUGGUAUUACCGGUGGCCUAGCUGCUCCGUUGGUAGCCGCCGGUAUAGGGACCAUGAUGGGUGGGCUUGGACUAGGAGCCACUGCCGCUGCUGGAUACCUUGGUGUGUUGGCCAGCAGUGGCGUGGUUGUUGGUGGGCUUUUCGGUGCAUAUGGAGGGCGGAUGACCGGCCGGAUGAUGGACAAGUAUGCGCGAGAGGUUGAAGACUUUGCCUUCAUCCCGAUUCGAGGCUCGCGGAAGCAGACGGUCAAAGAGAGCGAUGCUGCUCGGCAGGAUCAUCGGCUGCGGGUUACUAUUGGUGUUACUGGCUGGGUGACGGAAGAGUCCAACUUCAUUAUUCCCUGGAAAGUCAUUGGAGCUGAUUCCGAGGUCUUUGCCUUGCGCUGGGAGACGGAGUCUUUGAUGAACCUCGGCAAUGCCAUCUCUUCGUUGGUAACGAGUGCGGCGUGGUCAGUUGCAGGAGGGCAAGUCCUGGCUCACACCGUUUUCGCGACCAUCAUGAGCGCAGUAAUGUUACCUCUCGGUCUGAUGAAAGUGGCUCGAGUAGUCGACAACCCGUUCAGCGUUGCCAAGUCCCGAGCGGAUAAAGCCGGCGAGAUUCUGGCCGAUGCAUUGAUCAAUAAAGUCCAGGGCGAACGUCCAGUAACGCUGAUCGGAUACUCCUUGGGAUCUCGCCUUAUAUUUUCCUGUCUCCAGAGUCUGGCCAAGCACGGGGAACACGGGCUCGUGGAAUCAGUCAUCCUGAUGGGAUCGCCAACACCCUCCGAUGCCCAAUACUGGAGCCGCAUUCGCAGCGUCGUGAGCGGGCGGGUAGUCAACGCCUAUUCGGAGAACGACUCAGUGCUAGCCUUCCUCUACCGCACGAGCAGCAUGCAGCUUGGAAUCGCAGGGCUCCAAAAAGUCGAGAACGUCCCAGGCGUCGAGAAUAUCGAUGUGAGCGAGAUGAUCAGCGGCCAUCUCCGGUACCAGUUCUUGCUUGGCAAGAUUAUGCAGUCGAUUGGACUUCAAGAUAUCGACAUAGAGGAAUUGGAACGCGAGGAAGCGGCACUGGCUGUUGAAGACAAGAAGCUGGAGGAGGAACGUGCCAAUAAUGAGCGUCAAGCGGGCGUGACAGAUCGGGAUUCGGCUGUUGCCCGCGAAACGCUCAAUAGCCAAGACGGUUUUGGGGAGGAGGCGCGCAUGCAGAAACAGGUGGAAACGCAGACGGAGGACCAUAUGACUAACCAUCGGAUUCAGAUGUUAGACUUGGAUGAUGAAGACUACUCUUCGCCGUUGUCGGACCAGCCAGGGAAGCACUCUGCUCUGUAG